CUCAGCUAACUGCACUGCAAGUGCAUUGCAUUCGUGAUAGUCAUAAGUUGCUAUGUCGUUUUUCUGUAAAAAUCAACUUAGUUUAGCUUUUAGUGUAUCUUUCGUUGUUUAUAGUACGAUUCGCAUUGUUCCUCGAAAUCCCUCGCAAUCUUAGUGCCGUGUUUUUCUGUUGGAGCAAUUCAAAAAGUAAGAUGUUACUAGGCAACUCAUACCACACAAGAAGGCAGGCGUAACCAGUCCGUUUCCUGCCUUUGUUGUUACUAACCCAAACACUCCAUCUCCAAAAUGAGACUGAACAAGAUCCAUCUUGAAGUGCUGUGAGCAAUGGACGAGUGCACGCUCAACGACCUUCUUGAGUGUUCAGUCUGCUUGGAGCGGCUGGACACAUCAAGCAAGGUACUCCCUUGCCAGCACACAUUUUGUCGAAAAUGCCUGGAAGAGAUAUAUUCAUCUCACAAGGAGUUGCGAUGCCCGGAGUGCCGAGUCUUAGUGGACUGCAAGAUCGAGGAGUUGCCACCCAAUGUUUUACUAAUGCGGAUUCUUGAGGGCAUGAAAAAUGCCAAUGGUACACGACCGAAGCGAAAUUCUCUCGGGCCGUCCACACCCACAAAUCACAGAUUUGUCCCGUCAGCAGUUAGUAAUAAUUCUCUUAUAAUGACUUCAUCGGUACACUCCUCUCCGUCACAACCAAUGCAAGCUUCCUCCAAGUUAACUCCGUUUCAUGCCUCUUCGGAACAGGCUAGGACGUAUGUCAAUACAAAACCGGUUUUAUUUUUGCCAAAUCAACCCCACGCCCGAGCCAUGUACGAUUACUCCUCUUCAGAACCUGGAUAUUUAAGCUUCAAGAAAGGAGAUGUCAUCCUUCUUCGAAAGAAAAUUGACUCGGAGUGGUGCCAAGGAGAUUGUGGUGGCACCUCUGGUGUUUUUCCUUUAAGUUACGUCAAUGUAUUAAUACCCUUACCAAUGCAUAAUCCACAGUGUAAAGCUCUCUUUGAUUUUCGCCGGAGUGAUGAUGAAGAAGGCUGUCUAACGUUCAGCAAGGGUGAAGUCAUCACUGUGAUACGGAGAGUGGAUGAGAACUGGGCAGAAGGAAAACUAGGAAGUCGAAUCGGAAUUUUCCCAAUCUCCUUUGUUGAAAUGAACUCAGUCGCCCGCUCACUGAUGAAACUCUCAUCGAAUGCUCAGCCAGGCCCCUCACGAAUAGCCCCUCCGACACCAACUUCAGAGGAUGUGACGCCACUUAUCCCAACGGAGACUCACCAAAGUUGGACGCCUCUCAUCAAUCAGUUUCCGUCGCUGUCUGUAGUCCAACAGUCUCACGUAUCCCACUCGGCAACGCCAACUUCAUUGCCUUCCGUGUUGCCCACGCAAGGAGCGUCUGAUUUGGCGUCCCCAUCAUCACCAUCCUCCUGUUCCUCAACGACCACGACUCCGAAUACCACAUCGUCGAACUCUUCCUCACCCAACACAUCGCCUUCCUCGAGCGACUCGACCCCAACUCAUCGAUCACCAAUCAAUAGGCACAGUUUCACUGCAUUCUCUUCCCAGCUUACACCCCAGCACUACCCUAAUCAAAGACAUUCUGCUGAAGUUCUUAGAGAUCCAGUCAGCUCACCACAAGAAAAUGCUUUAGAAUUGAGACAGUCAACCCACCAGACUAAUUCUUCAGGACUGAACAGGCAUAAUAGCCACCGUCAUCGCAGAUCAACCAGCACAGAUGUGGCGCACCAUUCACUAUUUCUACCUGCUCCGUACAUAGCAUUGUUUCCUUAUAAACCGCAGAAAGAGGAUGAACUUGAGCUGCGGAAAGGUAACAUGUAUACUGUUACUGAAAGGUGUCAAGAUGGGUGGUACAAAGGGACGUCAAACCGUACUCAAAAAAGUGGCGUGUUUCCAGGAAAUUAUGUCGCUCCUGCCAAGUCAUUACCUGCUUUGCAAGCGCAACUGCGAGGGCUUGGUCGGAAUCAAGUUGUCGUAACUCCAAGUACAGUUGCACCUCGAACAGGCGUGAGUUAUACCAGGACGUCUACCCACAAUGGAAAACCACAAGGUUGUAGUGUAAUAACGUCAACCUCAACUCCACCAGAGUUACCGCCACGGUGCUUGAGUCCAACUCCUCCGACCACUUCCAUUCCGACCUUAUGGCAUUCCGAUGCCUCUCACACCCCCCUCACCACUGUAUCUUCCUCCUCGGGCACACCAAAAGUGUCGUCGUCCAUUGAAAAUAACACUUUGGCAGCCAAUUCAUUGGGUGGCAUGGUUGUCAUCGGACCUCCUAACUGUUCCAUCCUAACAUCACCCAAAGCUCUUGAUAAGAGUAAAGGGAAAAUGGAAAAGCGAAGCGUGAGCUUAAUGAAGCGGUUCACAAUAAUGAAAAAAUCAAAAUCACCUCCUCCGAUGUCCUACUCAAUGGACAAUCCUGUAUUUGAGGAUGGCUCCUCUCCUCCCACUUCUAGUCAGCACCGUCAUGUACAUGUUAGGUCUGAUUCCUGCCCAAGUCAAUUGCUUGCCACAGCUUCAGCUGAUUCGUCCUCACGCAUGCUCUCUCCCUAUAACUCGCAUAGAGUUAAACCGAAAGAACGCUCCAAUGUUCUUAAUCAUUUUCCGAGCAAAUCAACCGGCGAUAGCAGCACUAACGCCAUUAGUUCAAAUAUUCACCAUAGGAAAUCAAGUUCUUUAGAUGCCGAUGCCAACUCAGCAAGGAAAUUGAGCAAGCAACUUGCUCCUCCAAUCAAAGAAAGAUUCCGCUGUAUUGUACCGUACCCGCCCAAUAGCGAAAUUGAGCUGGAACUGCAGGUUGGAGACAUCAUCUACGUGCACAAGAAGCGAGAUGAUGGCUGGUACAAGGGCACGCAGCAACGCACUGGCCGAACAGGUCUCUUCCCAGCAAGCUUUGUAGAGAGCUUCUGAGAUCCGGCUCCAUGCAUGAUGCGUGAGUCAUGCAUUUAAAAUUUGCGAUGUACUAUUUUAGUAUCCCUUUUAUAGUCCAGCAUUUUAAAUGUAGUUUAAUAGCCCACAACGUUGUAAUUUUGCAGCAACUGCGCUGUUGCAACUAGUAAGAGCAACUUUGAAUUUUAAGUUCACCCCAUCAUGACACAAAAUUGUGAUAAAGAAAAGGUCGUCAGACGAAAGGAAAGACUUUCUUUUUAACUAGCUGUUCGUCAACCACUUUCAGUCAUACCAGUAGUUCAUGUUCAUCAUCUUUUUUUAAAAGUUGUAUGGAUGAUCUCAAGGUUGUUUUUUGUUUCGACAUAGAGGCAAGCGAAUCCAAUUAACGUAGUCAGUCUAAAGGUUCAGCAAGAAUCUUGGCUGUUAAUUUCUAUUAUUCAAAACAUAAUUCUAAGCUUAAUAUAAUUGACAGCAAUGGUUUACUCCUCCUUUUAAUUAUAACAUUGGAUGCUGUAAGUUUAAUACCUGUGAAAUUCUCCGAAGUAACUUCAUUUUCGUUGCUGCAUAAUAUGGAUGGAAAACUAGUUGUUGUUGGUUGUCUAAUAGAGUGAUCCCCAAAAUUUGAGCUUCCAAAGUUGAUUUUUUUUUUUUAACAAAAUCGUGCAACUUUUUCUAUUUUGUUUUCUUGGAAACAAAACCGAAAAAAAUGUCUUCGCAAUAUAACAGAAAACUGGUUAUUGUUUAACCUUUUUUGGUUUGUUCUGGUGAACCCUGCUGCAAUUAAUUUUUUCUAGGUAAAUUUUGUCUCUCGUUUUUGAUGAAUGCUAUGUUACAAUAAUGCAUGUCUGAAGUAUUCCUCUAUGAUGCAAUUCAAAUAGCUUAACCUUUUUACUUGUCUAGGUCUCUUUGUCUCAACUUAAGAUACUAUAUAUAUUUUUCAUGGCCAAAUUAGAGAAUAAAUUCAACGAAAUUCCUGUGUCAUCAUGGUACUAACCCCUAUUGAAUUCUUGGAUCACAAUUUUUUAAUAUUUUAAUCAGAACUUGUUACUAUCAUAUUUUUGCUGUAAAUGUCAUUAUUUUCUGUAAUGUUUCAGUCUCCUGGAAGAUUUUCCGAAUCUCUAUCAUUAUUUAAAAUCUGAAAAUGAAAUUCAGUGAAUUAUCAGUACGAUUAAUUUUCUUAUCAUCACAAUAGCAAAACCACAAUGCCAGCUAAUUGUGAGAGAGACAGAAAUAAAGCCUGUUGAACAUCAUAUGUAGGUAAAAACACCAACCGAUAUUUUUUUAAGCUCAAAAAGAUCCAAUUUCCGAUGUGAAAUUUUCAAAAUUUAUUAUUUUGCUGGCCAAAUUCUCUUAUCAUGUCUCUCUAAAAAUGAUAUUCUCGCUGCCACAUACAUAGUUCAUAGAUUUAGGAAAACAAGUUAGAUAUUUUUUCUAAGUUUGAUAAAAUAUCCGCCAAAGAAAAAUGUAUCUCUCGGUCUAAAUCAUGGCUGCCUGAGUAGAACUGAAGUAUUCGUAUUUUUUCUGUUCCAAUACAGAAAAUAAUAAUGGCGCUAAAAGACUGUAUAUGAUGAGUCUGAAAAUAUUUUAUUUUAUUUUAUCGAAUUUAUGUUUCUAAGUUGUCCCAAACCGCUUUAAUUUAAGUCCUCUAUUAAACUAAUUUUUAAAUGGUAGGUCGGAAAAAAAUUAGGGAAAUUCAAGUGAGGCUUGAGAUGAAAUCAAAGACACUUUGACAUUUGAUUAAAGUAGUCAUCAUAUUCUCAGAAGGAUUAUGUAAACCAAAAAUAGCAAUGUAUCAUUCUAUCUGUGAAAAAAAAGAUUUCAGUGCUGCCCAUGCCUCCAGAAAACAUGUCUCGUCUCCUGAAGGAAGGAACAUAUCUUGAUUGCAAUGUUUCAUUAUGUCUUACCAGAAUUUAUUUAUAAGAGAACCUUCUCAUGAAUUUGCCUGAGAGUUCUAGUGAUUUUUCUUCACACUUGUGAGAAAAGGCACUUAAUUUAACAGACUUGGUUUGACAGUCCUCUCAUGAAAAAAUAAAAUGUUUGUAGAGAUAUUGAAACAAAGCAGAGAAGAUACAUACUUCCGUUCAUCUUCUUCUGUCUGCUAAAAUGCUCACAAUUUCUAGCAUAGAUUUAAAAAUGUGUCUCCGAUAAAUGUAUCAUUUUUCCAAGUUGCAUGAUCUAAAAUUAAUUUUUUUUAGAAUAGACAAUUUUUAUAAUAAUCUGUAAUCACGCUACCAAAUGAUUGUAUUUGCAGGGAGAGACAAGAGCUGGACUCUAUUCAAUGACUGCUUUAUGAUUUUAUCAGCUACACAAUAGCAAAAAGAAAUUCAGUGCAAUAUUGUGAUUAAGAUUUCUUCUGGGAAACUUUGAUUCUCUGAAAAACUAGUGCAUUGAUGAUCAUUGAAUGGUGGAUUGAUGGGGAAAAAUCUAGGUCAUUUUGAGGUCAGCAGCCAAAAACGCAUAAUAUGUAUACGUACAGGAUGCCUAAAAAUUUUUCCCUGCUCUUUCGUAACCUGCAGUGUAACAACUUUGUCCAUCCAUUCGCCAUCAUAUAAAACGUAUUGAAUAAUCGCCAUUUUCAGACUCAACAUUAGAAAAUAUCUAAAAAUUACCUAUCACAUGGUUGACUUUUUUUCUCUUUUUAUAUAAACCUUUGCUAUAAUAAUAUCAACAUUGCUCUGAUUGAAUCCAAUAGCUCAGUAUCCCAUCAGCACUUUUGCCGAAUUACGAAUGCUCUUUUUGUUAAUGAAAUCUAAUUUAGUUAAUCAUAAAUAUUGAAAUGUGUUCACGAUGAAAUUUUGGUGGUUAUUUUUCCCUCUUAAUUAAUCUCAAGGAAUUGCAUUUUCAAUGGUGAUUUCCACCCAUGUCACCCUAUAUAUAUAUAUAUAUAUAUGACAGUUUAUUUUAUUCUUGUCCAAGUAGCAAUAGUUCUCCUUUGAUAUUGAAAACAACAAAUUUUUCUAUUGUCAUGGCCAUAACUUUUCCACCCUAAUGUUCCUUUCAUAGGCUAAAUUAGCCUAAAAAUUUUGAUGUCUGAAUUUUCUCAAAGUUUUACUCUUUCUCUUUUUUUCUUUUGCUUUUCAAGAUUUUGAAUACUGUCUCUCAGUUUACUGAGUUUCAUCUUUUUCCUAUCGGUUUUAUUUUUGUGUAUCCAAAUAUGGUGAUUGUAUCCAUAUUUGUAGAAAUAUAAUUACCAGAAUGGACCAAUGUAAAUAAAAAAGGCAGCCAUGGGUUUUGUCAACUCUACACCUUUUUGUAAUCUAUAUUCAACUGUUUUAGUAAGUACCAAGUACCUUGAAAAACUAUUGUUGUAGAUAUCUCGCACCGUGUGUACAGUUUAUACAUAUUUUAAAAUCAUCUGUCAUGCAGGUCUUAUCAAUUCAUACUUGAUUACCAAGCGGAUGAAACCUAGAAAAAUUGAAUCAAAGACUUAUAAAACUCGUUUGUUGUAGUUAAAUUAAUGAUAAAAAUUAAUUAAAUUAAUUUAUUUAGUACUUUUAAAUUUACUGAAUGUCUAGAGCAUGCUGUUUUUAUUUCCGUAAGCUGAAUCAUCGUAAUAUUAUCAUUUUAUCAUUGCAGGUAGAUAUAAAGACUAUUGUCGGAAAUACUCCCAUCUUUACGUUGUUGAAAUAUUUUAUCCCUGUUUUUAGAGCAUUUUAUUAAAUUUUAUAUCCCUCUCUGUUAUGACUUUGACCUAGCAGAGCUUGAGCCAAUAGAUUUAAUGCUGAUCUUUCUGCAAAUUUAGCAAAUACCCUUAAUUUUUCUCCCCCUGCAAGUGAUCUUAUUUUUCAUUUUGUUUAUAAGGAGAUUGGAAACUCUCAAAACGGACAUGAAGAAGUUCUAAGAAGGAUCAGGGUGACAUUAAUUCGUCAUCUCCUGCAUGAAAAAACGUGUUUUAAUUGAGCUGUUUCAGUAUUUACUACUUUCAUUUCAUGUGUUGGUAGCAGAACCAUUGGUUGAACUUUUCUGAAAUUUCUUCAAUCUUUUAAGAAAAGUCUUUGAAAUUUGUAUACUUACUUUUAUGACGGGUUUAUAUGAUAAAAUAAAAUAAUUAUAGCAAUACUGAAAUAGCACAGGUGAGAUACGUUCUUUCAUACAGGAGACUGCAGAUUGUUUUGCUUAAUACCUACAUCAUUGGGCAAACUUUCCAUUACUUUGCCAUAAAACCUCAUCCUAGAAUAUUUUAAUUUAGCCGAUACGCUUGCAAUGUCAAGCAGUCGCCAAAUACAUGAUGUAAAAGAGUUAAUUGAUUCAACUUAAAGUGAUACAUAACUCUAAGCCAUUCACAAAAGACUUUUUGAUUUGCAUUUUGAGAUGGCCUGAAGGGUUCUGGUGAUGCAGUUUUGCAAUUUACAACUCAGAGCGUUUAAGCUCUACAGAAUAUGAAUUCCUCUCUACCUGACCACAAUCACCAAUAACUCGAUUUUCAUCAUUGGAUCACAAACCAGGGAUAUAUUGUGCACCUAAUUGGCUAACCCGAGUGGUUGUUUUAUUUAAAAAUCUACUUAAAGAUUUAGAUUUAUUUUAAUCCAUCUAUUUUAAAUUUGUUCAGUGGUCUAACCCUUGACUCUUUUUAAUAAGCAAUGUAAAAGAAUACCCAAAA